AUGGACGCAGCAUUGCUGGUAGGGGCCGACGGAAUCUUCUCGACUGUGCGGCGCCAGCUGAGCCUCCCCGGAGACCGGCUGAACUACCUCGGCUUGAUCGUCGUCCUCGGGUAUGUGCCCACAGGUGGGCCCAGUGGUGGUCUUGGUGAUGAUGGCGGCACACAAUCCGCGACCGCGUUUCCCUUAACCGAGCGCCGCAUUUUCGAGACGGUGGACGGGGUUACGCGCAUCUACGCCAUGCCGUUCACAAAAAGCGUCACUAUGUGGCAGCUGUCUUUUCCAUAUGCAGAGAAAGCUGCGCGGAAGCUGGUGAGGAAUCCAGCAGCCCUGAAGGAAGAAAUAUUGAAGCGCUGUGCUGAAUGGCAUGACCCUGUACCAGCCCUGCUUGCGAACACGCCGUUGGACUGCAUGUCUGGCUACCCGGUGUACGACCGCGACCCGCUGGACCCGGGGGUCCUGCGUUCCGCGGCGGCGCCGCCGGGGGUGGGCGUGCGGCUGCCCCCGCAGCGCCGGGUCACGGUGAUGGGCGAUGCGGCCCACCCGAUGUCCCCGUUCCGAGCGCAGGGGGCCAACCAGGCGCUCGGCGACGCGGUGCUGCUGGCGGAGGCGCUGUGGGACGGGGUCCGAGUGCACGGCCCCGAUGCCGGCCUGGACGCCGCGCUACCGGAGUUCGAGCGGAAGAUGCUGGGCCGAUCCGCCAGGAUGGUGAUCGGGUCACGUGAGAAGGCGAAGGAGAUGCACAGCAACUUGGCCCUGCAGCCAGCACGUAAGGUACAGCGUGAGAGUGGAGUCGACAUGUCUGAAAUCAUCAAAGUGCUUCAAGCCAAAGGCAUCGGGGCCCACAGCGCGGCCGAUCCUCGGGGCUUGGACGCAGUGGUUGCGGAGUUCAUGCGCAUGUCGGAUCCGGGCGGUUCACCGGCAGUUCGUGACAAGGCUAAAGCCAACGUGGUAACAGAUCACAGUCGAAAGACAUCGUCAUUAGCGGUUGAUCGACGUGGCGUUGACGAAAAGAGGCAAAGCAAGGCGUUGAAGCAGAGGCUGCGUCGCCAACGCUGUGACAGACCACAAACGAAAAGGGCAGAGCAAGGAGUUAACGACACGGAGGCCCGCAAGCGGAGAAAGACUGCAGACUCAGCUUCAGAGGCGAAAGCGAUCGAGCACAGGCACGAGGAGCGGCAAGACCAGGAUUGGUGGAAGACAUUGAUGUUCGACGGAUUCACAGGCGAAGAGUGGGAAGCGUGGUAUGCACAAGGGCGCGCGGUCGAAUCAUAA